UGCUUGUGCAGCGCUAGUUCGUGCCGCUCCUCCGCUCGCCGCCGCCUUCGCCGCGCCCGCCGCUUGGCCGGAGCGUCCGUCAGACCCCCGACGCCUCCGCCGAGCCCGUCUCCGCCGCUCAGGCUGCACCCGACCUCCCCGACCGAGAUGGCGGUGAACCCCGGCUCCCCCCUUCUCCUCCUCCCCGCUCGGAUCGUGUGCGCCGCUGUCUUCUUCGCCUGCCUCCCCGGCCUCGUCGCCGGCAUCCGGAAGGACAUUGGUUUUGCGUUACCCAUCAUGUGCAGGAGCACUGUGCAAGGACGGCACUUGAUAUCAGACGAUAAUGGUUAUGUAUGUUCUUCCCUUUCAAUUGAUCCAUGGUCUGGGUGUUGCCCAAGAACUGGGUCACACUUUUCCUGUCAAGGUUGCAAACUCGAUUUACAGUGCUGUGAUUCUUAUGAAUAUUGCGUCUCGUGCUGCUUAAACCCUUCAAGGACCAAGGAAGCAGAUGUGCUGAAGUUGAAGGUAGCUAAACCUGUUACUUCUGGAACUUACAAAAAUGUCUUUGAUUUCUGCAUGGGAAGAUGCCGCCAUAGUUCUGCAAGUGUGGUACAUGAAAAUGCGUAUGCAAGUGACUUCCAUCAUUGCUUCUUGCUGCAGCAGAAUUCUUCGGGAUCAGCUGAUUUUGGUUCUGGACCAAGGCUGGAUGGCGUUAACAUCAGCAUAGGAAGGAGGGGGGAAUCUUGUAGUUCUGUGUGCAGAGCAAAAGGGCAAUCAUGUGUUCCAAGCAGACUUUCAGCGCUGAACAAAUGCGAGAUUUUGCAGAAAUAUAUGAGAUGCAAAAGUGGCUGUUCUAGCAGUCUUGGACCAGAUCAGCCUGCUCAAGUUGUAGAUGAAGCUCCAAGCAAUUUGAAUCCAGGAGCAUGUUUGUACAUGCAGAUGGAUGAGCGACUCACAUGUGACGGUUCACAUCAACAUACCCGAAGGCUCUGUCCUUGUGCGUGAAAUUCGAAAAGUUGUGGCUAUCAUAACUCAUAAGAGGAAACAAGUGGAGAUGAUCUUCUUAAAACUGAUGGCUCUCCUUGAUGAGCAACCUUUGUCACUGUUUGUUGUCCCAACAAGAAACCGCCAUUUUACAAACAGUGCAACAGUUGAUGGAAAACGGAAUAUAAUAUGGA